AUGAACAACACUAUGAACAACACCAAACUCGGCGGCCCUGAAGGCUCCUCCACCGGCGCCCCCGGUGCCCCAUUGCACACACAAGAUCCACGAUCACAGUACAACCCCACCACGACCGGAUAUAAUCCUGCCACAGGCGCCGGAUACUCGAAACCGUCUGCGGGCGGACUAAAUGAGAAUCAACCGACCGUGCCGACAAACAGCUACGACCGAAUGGCCGGCCAAGAUGAGCGAAUCCAACAUGCGCCGAGCACGGUGCAGCGUGCGCAGAUGGGCGAGGCGGCGGCGACUUCUAAGACUGAUAUGAAGACGGACUCGCCUGCGAAUCGAGUGAGCCAUGAUCUUGGACGGAAAGCCCAGGAGAUUGGAGCGAGCGUUCAUGGGGCCGGAGAAUCACUUCGUGGAACGCUGACUGCCACAGUCGACCGGGCAUUUGGGUCGAGUGAGGGCGCUGAGCGCAACGAGGAAAUUGCGCGCCGCGGGGAGAGAGAGGUUCAGACAGGUGGACUCCCAUCGAACGGGAAUAUCCGUCGCUGA